CCCUUCCCCAAAGCGGGGGGGCACCUCCAGAAUGACUCAGCAGCCUGGAGUGCAGCGCCAUUCAAGUGCCACUUGCUGUGCAGUCAGCUCUGAGGUGUAAUUAUGCGAAGCAUGUCACAGCUCCUGACAUGACUACUACGCUGGUGUACCUACUGACCUUGAGGUACAUAGGGCAAGCAAGUAGCGUAGGUAGCCCGUCUUUUAUGGUGGCUGGUAUGCUGAGAAUCCUUGGAAAACCUCCCGAAGUACCUUUUGCCGCCCGAUCCCGAUUUCGGCCAGCCACGAUAAUUGUCUUGAGCUCUGGCUUCAUGGACGAUCUCGAGGUCAAUAUGGGCAGUGCGUUGCAUGUCUUUGUAAUGCCCCUCAGCAGAUUUCGCAAAGGCCAGUAAUGCGUGCAAUUCACACGACUGUCAGACUUGGAGUCUCUGGACGCUCA